UACCACCUUGUGCAGGUGCUGACCGGGCACGGUUGCUUCGGUCACUACCUGCACAAGGUGGCGAGGAGGGAACCGUCCCCGUCGUGCCACGAGUGCGGCGCUGCGGAUGACACCGCGCAACACACCCUAGAGGUGUGCAGCCGGUGGGAUGAGCAGCGCUGCACUCUGACGGGGACUGUAGGGCAGGACCUCUCGCUGCCGAGCGUGGUUGCUGCCAUGCUGGAUAGCGAGGAGUCCUGGGAGGCGGUGGCCUACUUUUGCGCACAGGCUAUGUCGCAAAAGGAGGCCGCGGAGCGGGUGCGCGAGGACGCGGCGGACGCGCACCCGCUUCGGCGCAGACGUACGGGGAGAAGGCGAACGCAGUUCGCUGCACGUCUGAUCCCCUAG